GUGGGACAGUGUGAAAACUGAUCGACUGCGUUUCUUUGUUGAACAGUGGAUGAAAUCUGCUCUUUUAGCGGUUAGAAAUGAUGAUGUUUAAGCUGCUUUUUUGGACUGGAUGCUACAGUCUGCUGUCAGUCACGGAACAAGUUACAGCUGAAACUGAGAUAUUUUGCUCCUCUGAGCCGGUAGUAUCAUUCUGCGGCUCCAGCAUCGUUCUACAGUGUCACCUCGAGCCCCAGCAGGAUGCAACAGACAACACAGUGAAAUGGACUCAGCAGAGUGAUGUUGUACACAUUCGUAAAGGUGGAAAAGACGAUCCUGGAGAACAAAUGGAGAGGUUUGAAGAACGUACGUCUCUGUUCUCUGAAGGUCUCCAUAAAGGAAAUCUGUCGCUCCAACUUUCCUCUUUAAAACUCUCCGACUCUGGAAGAUACAAGUGCUCCUUUCAGGACGGAUCAGUGGAGAAGAGUUGUUACGUCAACCUCACUGUCGGGGAGUCUGAAGUGAUCGGCUCACCUGAGCCAGUUACAGCAGAGUCGGGUCAGGAUGUGGUUCUACCAUGCCACCUGGAACCUCCGUUUGAUGUAACAUCUCUGACUGUGGAGUGGAGAUGGAACAAGACUAUGGUGCACUUAUAUCGAAAUCUUAAAGACAAUGAAAAUGCUCAAGACCAGAGGUUCAAAGGCAGAACUUCUCUCUUCCAUGAUGAAAUGCAUCAUGGAAACAUUUCCCUCAAACUGAAAAAUGUUUCUGAAGAAGAUGAAGGAAUUUACACCUGUUUUGUUCCUAAACUCAACUGUCAGGUGAAAAAGGGAAACAUCUCUCUGAAUGUUGGAAUCAAUGAUCUAGAUUCGACUGGGACUAACACUACAUCUGACCUAAGUGAUCAGAAAGAACUUAUUGGUCUUAAUGUCGGUGGUGCUGUUGUCGUUGUCAUUGCUGCUGUCAUUGCUGGUUUAGCUUGUCAUAAAUGGAGACGACGCGGGUCUGACCCGGUACCAAACCAAGACGGUUUGUGUGCUCGACAGAACAGUCUGCAAGCUGAUCCACAAGCUGACCCAGAACCACAUGAAGAGACUGAGAUGUUGCCAACAGAAGGUUGUGGUGCACAGAAUGGACAAGGCGGGCAGCAGGACAACAACCAGGAAGAGGAGGACGUUGAUUAAACAUCCAUUUUAUCUGUUACUCAGGCAAUUAGUGGAAAAAAGUUGGGUUUUAUUUCAUUAUUGCCACCUCUUAGCCCACAUUUCUAUGUGACUUUCAGUCAUUAAACCAGUUAGUGUUUCCCAUUUUGAGACUGACCAAAAUACAAAGUCUGCACACACUUUUUAGUCAGCAACAUCUACAGUAGCUGAUAUUUCUCUCUUACAUUUCUGCUCUGUUUACCUCCCCAGAUCUAUUUAAAAUAAUCUUAAUCUAAUGUUUCCAGUGUGUUAUCAGCCAGCCUGAAGAACAGUGUCCUCCAUACCAGAAGCAGCUGUAUUAGAUGGCAACACCAAAGUCUCUGAUGUCUUUCACAUGUGAACAUACAGCAGCUUCUUCAUAAAGCAGCUCACACAGGUCCUACAAUCAUGAGAUGUGAGUUUAAAAACACUCCAGGAUGGCUACUGGUUUCUACUGUUAUGUUUUCUAGUUUAACUUAAACUUAGACCUGAUGCUCGAUAAGGUUCAGGAUAGUAAAACUAGAUGUUAACAUUGGACAAAAGGUCUUUAUUUGGUAUAGUUUACAGUAAUUAUUCAAGUUAAUAAGAUGUAUUAGAAAAUUUAAUGGAAAUACACUAUUUAAAGUUUAACGAGAGUGGCUCAGGAGGUAGAGCAGAUCGUCGAAUGACCGGAAGGUUGGCGGUUCGAUUCCCAUUCCCGCAGUCAUCUGUCGUUGUGUCCUUGGGCAAGACACUUAACCCUCCUUGCCUCCAGUGUUGACAUCACUGGUGAAUGAAUGUUCGGUGAUGGUCGGAGAGGCCGUAGGCGCGGACUGCAGCCACGUUUCCGUCAGACUCCACCACGGCAGCUGUGGCUACGGACGUAGCUUACCAUCACCAGGUAUGAGUGAGGAGUGGAUGAAUAAUGGAUACAAUGUGGGUGUGGGAGCCUUGAAAAGCGCUAUAUAAAUCUAAUCCAUUGUAAUCCAUUAUUAUAACUUAGACUUAAAACUGCGAUCAAAGCUUCAGUUUGUGAAGCCAGUGAGAAAGACUGAGCUGUUUUUAUUAAGGCUUCUGUGAAGUCAAACUGUCUUUAGUUAUUUUUACAUUCACAGAAAUAUUCUAACGUUACUGUGAAGGAAACACUGCCUUAAAAACAGCUUUUUCUGAUGAUUUUACCUUGAAUAGAAACAAACAUGAAACACAACUUGGUCUCCACUUUGUCCAUUUUUUAAACUAACUCAGUAGUUUUGGACUAAUUUUAUAUGUUAAUGUUAUUGACAGUCAGGAGGAAUAAGUAAAAUAAAUAAAUAGAUAAACAAGAUAAAGAGCUUGCUGUGCAGAUCAUGUAAAUGAAAUAUAAUCCAGAUGUCUUUUUUUUUAUAUUGUUAAACCAGUUGUCAGUUGGUUGCAGUGGUUCAGCUGGUACAGCAGGUUAUCCAAUGACUGGAAAUUAAAUCCCAGUAAUCUGUUUGAGACAUAACCAUGCCGAGACAGUAAAAUGCAUUCAAAAAUAUCAUUUUUUCUGCCUCAUUCUUGCGUGCCUUUUAUUUAUUAUUUUAAAUGAGGUGACCCUUUUUUCCCGUUUUCCAUGUCCACUUGGGCCACUACGUUCCUCUGCCUCCCACCAGCUCCCAC